AUUUGCAUUUACCGAAAUUAUCGGUGCUGAUGUUAUGGGGCAUCGGCUUCACACAGGAUUGGAAAGAAUGGAAUUCAUUCAUGGCGUCAAAGCGGCUCAAAAUUCUCGUGCUUAAAUGUUGUCCUAAUUUAAGAAGUACUCCUGAUCUGUCGGUUUUCACACAGUUGAAGAUUCUCAGUUUGGCCGGAUGUGAGGAAUUGGAGCAUCUCCACCCUUCUAUUGGCAAACUCACAAGCCUCGUUUCCUUAGAUUUGAGUCAAUGUGGGCGUCUCAAGGAGCUACCAGAGGAGGUGGGCGAAUUAAAAGAUUUAGAAGAACUUAUUUUUGAUGGUUCUGGUAUUACAGAGAUUCCUACGUCUAUUUGUUCUCUGAGGAAGCUGAAGAAACUGAGUUUCUACAGUUUAUGGGGUUCUGGGUCACUGAGAGAAAUUUCUAGCUCAAUUGGGGAUUUACAGAAUUUGCAACAUCUUGACUUGGAAGGUUCUGCGAUCGAAAAACUUCCGAGUGAAAUCGGUGACUUGCCUUCCCUCCAGACUCUCAAUAUCGCUGAGACGCCGAUAUCUGACUUGCCAGAAAGCAUCCGUAAUCUUUCUUCUCUCCAAUCCCUUCAACUAUAUUACUGUGACAAGCUCUGCUCGUUGCCAAAGCUUCCUUUGGGCUUAACGAAUCUAGUGGUCCGUUGUCAGAGUCCCACAUUGCCACAGCUUUCUAGCCUAAUCCACCUAAAACAUCUCUGUCUUGACCAUUGCCAUCUACUUGAAGACAUCCCUGAGCUUUCCUCAAGACUCUUGACACUCACUAUUCACGAGUGUGAUAAGCUGAUAUUGCUUAAGCUUGACCGACUCGAGUACUUGGAACACUUUUAUAUGAGAGAUUGCAAUUCCAUUGAGAGAUUGGACCUUUCAUGUUUAAAUCAUCUGAAAAAAUUAUGGGUUGUAAAUUGCAAUAACCUAGUCGAAAUUCAAGGCCCUGACCGGGCAAAGUUCUUGGAACCGUUGGAUUUUAUGGGAUGCAAAUCAAUGGAGACUUGGCCAGAUUUGAAUGGAUGUGAGAGGUUACAGUAUGUAAGAGUUACAAAUUGCAAGAAACUUACUCAGCUUCGAGGAUUUGAAAAGUUGGAUAUAAUUACAUUGAUAAUUGAUUACUGCGACUUAUUGGAAAGAACGGGCCUCUUAUGAACAACAGGUCUUUUGACUUAUGAAGUGAUGCUUCCUCAACAAAGGGUUCUAUACUUUCUUAAAUUGCUAGACCUACAUAAUUGAUGGAGUUGGGGAGUUGGUCAUAGAAGCUGACAUGAUGCUUCAGCCAAGAUCAAAAUGUAGACCCAAAUGUCAAUAGAAGACAUUUGGUCAUCUAGUAAGACUCUUCAUCCUUUAAACGGCCAGGAGUUGUUCGAUGCUGAUGCAUUCUAAUGAUAUCACUUUAGAAUUGAUGAGGCUCUGCAGAGGGAGAUUAAAGCUGCAGUUGAUGAAACUCGGAGAAAGUCCCCAAACACCAUGAGUUGGAGAUAUGGGCAAGAAUGAGCUACGUCAGUAUGGAAAGGCAUUACGAAGUUCUUUGCUGUUGGCGUUUAUCAUUUGCUCCGUGUUGUUAAUACUCUUCAAAGGAUUCUUAAUAUAAUGCGACCUCUUCUCCUGUGGUGUAUUAGUCCUUUGCAAGCUUUGAAAUUGUGCUAUUCUCUAGCAAAAGCACAUGGCAAAUCUCUAGGAGGAAGACCCCAUGUGCAGGUAGUUCUGUAUGUGAAGUCAAGUAUAAUAUGUGAUUUGUUAACAAGAUUACCAUUUAGAUUUCCACUUCAAGCUACAGUUUUGUGACUGGGAGAGACUUUUCGUGGAAAAAGCAAAUGCAGUGGAAUCAGCAAAUAAUCUGUCAAUUGCAGCCAAGAGUUUCAAUGAAAAGGUUUCCAAGAAGACUGUAGUAUCUCAUUCGGAAGAAUUUUGAACACAAAAUAAGGGCAUUCAUUAGUUUAGCAUCAUCCCUCUGGUCUAGUUGCAUCUAUAAAUUCAUAUGUAGGCAUUUUGCAAUCACUUUGGUCAUAUAAUCUCAAACUUGAUUUAUUUAAGCAUGAAUCUAAAAGUGGAAGAGUCACGGCCAUGUACGUUUUCAUACCUAAAACCAAGUAGAGAGACCAGUUCGUUCA